AGUCAUCACUGAUCUCACCCGGUGCACAUUACUAAGACGACUUGCCCUCGGAUGAGAGGUUCGUCUGAUCAAGCAUCACCUGACUCGGCCAACUCUGCCAAACUUCAUUUUGAGAGGAAGAGAAGAAGGGCAAAAUCAACAUUCAUCUGAGAUACUAGUUUCGGUCAUCGGUCCGUAUUUAGUGUUGGUCAGCAAGGGCAUGGUGAUGGGGGAUCAGUCAGGCCGUCGACACCAGAGCGCGCUUCGUAUUCAAGAACCCAAUCUGGCAGAAAGAAGACCCCUUCUACCCCGACGGAUAACAACAACAACAACCGGUACACAAAAUGGCAACCAGCAUCACUCGCUCGACGGUCAAGUAUACGCGUGUGGGGACGACCACUCACAACUACCAGUUUACACCAACAUCCAUCGGAUCCGUCGGGAUAUCAUAUCGGUGGUGGAGGACUAUCUGAGCCUGGAUCAACUCCGCGAUAUCCGCAUCAACAUAUCCGUUGUUCGCCCGCUGGUGGACAAGUUCUAUGCGCAGGACGAUAUUUCAAUAGUCUACUGCUUGCUGGUCAACCGCGCGCAGUUCCUGAACGAGCAGUCGCAUCUCAACAACAGGCAAAAUGUCAACUACACACGCGCCAUGCUGUGUGAGUUAAUAGCCACACGCAUUCUCAGGCGAUGCAGCGAGGACAACGAGGGUCCAGAGGGUCUUUUGGUGCUGGCCCAUAUCCUUAUUGCUGGCUUUGAGCCGUUCCAAAAUGCUCCGCCAGAGAUUCGACGGGAGGUCCAUGCGCAGACAGCAUGGCAUAAGACGCUACCAGCCUUGGAGGUAGCCAUCCUGAGUGAGGCCAAGAUCUUUUUGAGCUCGACAUCAUGCCAGAAGAUUGUGGACGCCAUCUACGAGGGACGGGUUAUCUACAGCCCUUCCAGCUUUCUGGACCUUAUCCCCGACCGUUACAAGCAGAAGCCAAUAUCCCUGUAUGACCCCAGAAAGGCGCCUCUACUGAACCAGUACCGUCUGGUUGUACCGCGGACGCGAAAUAUCUUGGAAAUCAUCCAGUUCGUCAUCCUCCUGGCGCUCUAUCUUGUAUUCAUGUCCGAGAGAUACGCAGGCCGUGUAACGAUACUGGAAACAUGCUUCACCGUCUACGCCUUCGGUUGGGUGCUCGAUCAAUUUGCAACUAUUCUCGAGCAUGGCUGGCACGUGUACACUCAAAAUUUGUGGUCGUUCCUUGAUGUUACAUUUGUUUGCAUCUAUUGGAUUUAUCUUGUUCUGCGCGUAUACGGGUUGCGAUCUCAUAACGAGGAACUAGGACAACAAGCACUUGACGUGCUGGCCAUGGGCGCACCAGUGCUUGUUCCUCGCUUAGCGUUUAAUUUACUGUCCGACAACAUCCUCUUCUUGUCGCUUCGGUCCAUGAUGGCCGAUUUUUCUUUACUGACCGUACUUGGUGGCUGGUGCUUCUUUGGCUUCCUGUUGUCCCUUGUCUGGCUAGGAAACCACCAGUACUCCUGGGUAACCAUCAGUGAAUGGAUGAUUUACAUUUGGUUCGGUCUGGAUGGAUCUGGCAUCCAUCAUUCGACCGACUUCCACAGAUACCUGGGACCCGCCCUGAUGGUCAUGUUUGCCUUCCUCGGCAACACAUUAUUCCUCACCGUUCUGGUUUCUAUGCUCUCAAAUACCUUCAGCACGAUUGUCAGCAACGCAACCGCAGAAAUCCAGUUCCGACAUGCCGUCCUGACUCUCGAGGGCGUCAAGGGCGACGCCAUCUUCGCCUACCAACCCCCCUUCAACAUCCUCGCUGUCUUCAUUCUCAUCCCCCUUAAAUGGUUCGUCACCCCGCGCUGGUUCCACAAAAUCCACGUCGCCAGCGUGCGUCUGCUCAACCUCCCCCUCCUGCUCGUCAUCGCCCUGGUAGAACGCCGAAUCCUUCCCCCAAUCACAUCAACAGCAGGAGGAGAACGACCAGCGGAAGGGCCAUCAGUCAACUCCCCCUCCUCGCACCCUCGACGCAGCAUAUGCAAAGGUAUGCGCUUCUGGAACAGGUGGCGCAUUACCGUCCAUAGUGACAUCGAGACCGUCUUCGAAGUCCCGCCGCCAGAUUCGGUACUCGAGCAGAUCGCUGAAGACGAUGAUCUCACGAAACAUUUGAUCCGGCGGCAGUUCGUUCGGGGAAAUACCGUGGAAGCAGCCACAAAGACACCGGCCAAGGACACAAACACGGCCAAGGACACGAACACGAACAAGGACACAAACACGAACAAGAAACAGCCACCUGGUCGUCGUGACAGCAUCGCGCCGUUCCCGGGCCUGAGGACGGAGUUGCAGGGCGUUUUGAGCGAGAGUGAUGAGAUGAGCGCUAUCACGGCGAGACUGGAGGCUUUGGAGAAGAGCACAAGGAGGAUAGAGUUCAUGUUGGCGAAGCUUACGGGCGGGUUGGAAGAUGACAAGGAUGAUACGGCUAUCAAUGAUACGGAAAGUCCGUUUGAUUCUGACGAGGAAGGAGAGGAGGGGGCGGUGUCGCAAGCUACAAAAGCGUGAGGAGCCGUAAGGAAAUGGGAAUGAGAAUGAGACUGGGAUUGUAUACCUGCGAAUGAAUAGCGUUUGGUGUGCAGACUGAGGUGUUCC